UCUACAAAGUCUAGAUAUUGAAAUGAAGUUGCUUCAAGAGUCGACUGGUAAGAUGAGAGAACUGGAAAGACUCGGACUGGCUCUCGACAAGAAAGUGGCUUGGGUCAAAGGUCAAUCUGAUGCCACCAUUGGGGUGAACUCUCCUCUCACUCCACAAAAGAAAAUCAGUGUUUUCACAACUGGAGAAGCGAAAAACUUUUUCGACGAUAUUUUCCGAAUUCCCCUCGGCUUUGGACCAGACGUUCCCGACCAAACGGAUGGAGAGAGGCGCUUCCGUUUGAUUGGUCUAUUGAAUCCCGAUUAUUGAAGGGGCGGGGAAAUUACAAAGCCACUAAACAGCAUUUCAUCUCAUUUCCAUGUUUUGUACUGAAAAUCAUCAUUAAAUACGGAAAAAUAAGCUGAUUAAUACUGAAGAGAAAAGUCUCUACUUGGAGGCUCUGAUGUACAUGUAUAUACCCUAUGAUUUAUUCAUGAACAUGCAUGCAGUCACAUGUGUAAUGGAAUUCCCCUUACACACAAUAGAGGGUGUGUCUGGCAUGUCUGUGGUGAGGGUAUUCAUAUCAUUCCAAGAAUACCAGCUAGUGAAUAUAAUCAGUGAACCAAUUCUCUGCAGUCUACACACAUCUCUGAGUUCCUAGCAGAAACUAUAAUAUGGGACAGGAACAGUCUGCUGAGGAAAAGGCCGAGGAGUUACAGGUUGCUGCUAGGACUGGUGAUGUCAAGAAAGUGAAGUUCCUGCUGGCAUGUGGGGCCAAUCCUAACCACCACUAUCCAUUACGCAUUGCUUGUUAUAAUGGUCACCUGGAGACAGUGAAGGCACUUGUUGAGGCUGGAGCAGACACUGGGAGAAGGGAUGAUUGGGGCAUGUCUCCAGUUCAUUAUGCAGCCUUGAUGGGUCAUAAGAAGGUGUUGGUUUACUUGAUCAGGGAUUGCAAGUGCAGCGCUGAUGCCAGGGACAAGUACAACAAUACUCCACUCCACGAUGCAUGCUAUCGUGGUCACCUAUAUGUGGUGCAGUACUUGGUGGAGGAGGCCCACUGUGACAUCAAUGUACAGAACAACAGCAACCAGACUGUACUUCAUGUAGCCUGCAAUCGCCCCCUAUCUACAAUAUUAUUUACAAGUAGUAAGAAGCUUGCAUUGGUGAAGUACUUGGUUGAGAAGGCUAACUGUGACAUCAAUGCAACUGAUAAGCGAGGCAAGACACCACUUGACUUAGCUAAAGGGAGUGGUUACGAGGGCAUUGUUGACUACCUCAAGACUCGACAGGAAUCAUCUAGACAAUCAGGAAAAGAUGGUGUUGGGAGUCAAACAGCUGUUCCACUCACACAAGACGAGGCUGAUGCUCUGCAGAAGCUUCUCGAGGGAGCACAAGUCACCAUUGGUCAUCCCAUUGUUGCUGGCACAACCACUCUGGAGGAAGUUCAGCAGCUGCUUACUCAGAGAGGACUGGAGGAUAUGGCCACCAACCUCAGGACAAGACUCAGACAAAGGUCACCAUUUAAGAUUACGACUCAACCCAACGAUAUUUGCUGUAAACCUGGGGAGCAAGCUAAACUAACGAUAUGGACAUCACCAUCUGCUACUACAUAUCAGUGGUAUUUUAGAAAUCAAGCAAUAUCAAAUCCUGACUACAAAGGACAAACAUCUGAAUGUCUCCUCAUAUCAAAGUUCCUUCCCAAGCAUAAAGGUGGUUACUGGUGUGUUGCUGAAGAUGCAUCAGGCACACGUACCACCUCUCGUCAUGCAACACUCACUGCAGAGGGAGAGAAUAUUGAAAAACCAGAACUACAAUUCAUAGGGAAAAUGUUGGAAAAAUCUGCAAUUGACUUUGGCAACUACGGGAUUGAGAAGGAGCACCUACUCAAUGGUGAGAGUGAUGUGACUUAUGAAGAGAUGGAGUUUGUAAUGAAAUUGAAUCCAAGUACACAAGUCCUGUCCAUCAACCUAAAGCAGGAAAUCACAUCAAGACUGAAAGAGGAGCAACUCUAUGCCAAAGCCAUAAAAAAGAAGGUCUCCCUUACCUACACCAAAAUCCUUGCCCUAGGCCCAGGCCAGGUUGGAAAGUCUACUUUUAUUCGCAGAUUGUUGGGAAUAAUGGAAGGAAACAUCCUAACAUCUCCUCCAGAAACACAGCCUCAAUCUAGUACCGGUAUUUCAGAGUCGAGAGAAGCUUGUAUACAGUAUAGAAGAGUAACUUGUGCUGUUACUAAGGAAAAAAAGUGGCGUGUUUUACAACAUGAGCUACAGAAUCAACUAAGUAGCCUAAUGUCACUAGUAGUGAAGCAGUCUCAGCAAAGCCCACAACAUGAAACUACUCAAUCAUCUCAAAAUAAUAGGCAAAGAUCCAGCAAGAUUGAAACUGUAGCUAAAGAAUCGCUGGUUCAAGUGACUAAAGACAAGAAACAUGAUCUAGUAUUAUCUCCUGGUAAUGAAGGUGCUGGAUUUCAAACCUUGAAAUCGUUUCCAGUUACUACUACUCCGCAAGAGCCAAUUGCUGGCAGACAAAUUCAAAAAUUGUUGCCAGUUACUAUUCAAGAGCCAAUCGCUAUCCGACAAAGUGCAUUGAUGCCUAGGGAAUCAGAUAUUGAUAAAACAAUUCGAGAAUUCAAAGAACUAAAAUAUGAAUGCAGUCAUAGACUACAUGCAGUGGAAUAUGAAAUGCUCUUUAAUAUAGCUGACAUUGGUGGCCAACCAGCAUUUCUAGAAAUGCUACCGUCUUUAACUAUAGGGCCAGCUCUGUACCUUUUGUUUAUUAACCUUAAACAAGAUCUAAGUUUAAGAUACAGUGUGCCGUUCAAAUGUAAAGACUCAAAAACAAAUCUUUGUAAAGAUUACUCCUAUACUUCAGAAGAAGUAUUAUUUUCGGCACUUUCAAGCAUUGCUUGCUUUGGACACCCAGAUGAGCAAGUUGAACAGUAUGUUCAGAAACCAGAAUCAGGUGAUAAAGAACGGAAAGAUUCUCUUGCAUUACUUGUGGGAACUUUUCUUGAUGAAGUUAAAAAUAAAGAAAUAGAAUUAACUAACCAGCAGUUGAAUGAACGACUAAAAGGCACAGCAUUUUAUACUGAAGGGCUUGUUCACAGCAAAAGCUUCAGCUUACUAGUGAACAAUAUGAGUGCAGACGAUAGUGAAAUAGAAGAUCACAGAAAUCAACUAGAAACAAUACUCACUGAAAAGUUUCGAAAGUAUGAAAUUCCAACACAAUGGUUAAUGCUCAGCAUCUGUCUUAAGCUUCUUGCUAGAAACCAAAACAAGUAUCAUGUUUCCUUUAAUGAUUGCGUCUUGUUGGGGGAGUAUUUGGGUAUGAACGAAGAGAUGGUGAGUGUUGCCUUGCAAUUUCUCCACAAAUACAUUGGGCUUGUUAUGUAUUUUCCUCGGCAUGAAAACCUGAAAAAAAUCGUAAUAUGUGAUCCCCAAGUAGUAUUUUCAACUAUCAGUGAACUAAUCUUUAAUAUUUACGAUCACAACAAGAAUCAAGUUAGCGAGGCACAGUAUGACCGCUUUGUGGAAACUGGAUGCUUUUCACCUCAAGAUAUCAUGCUAACACAUGUGAAAAAAGAUAAGAAGCUUCUUUCUAUUACCACUUUAGUUGAUCUACUAGCGUACUUAAGCAUUGCUGCUAAAGUUCCCGUAUCUUCUGGUAAGGACGAGGUGUUGUAUUUUCUGCCUGCGGUUCUUCAAACUGCUGAAACAGACUCUAUUAAACGAAAGCAAAAAGGAGGAAACGACGAAUUGCUUCCAGAACCAAUCUGCAUUCGAUUCAAAACAGGAUAUAUACCUUUAGGAUUUGUGUGUGCUUUAGUUGCAAAUCUUACCGCUGAAAAAAAAUUCGAUCUACUUUUUGACGAAAGCAACAAGAUCUACAAGAAUAUGAUUCAAUUUCGAUUCCAAGGUAUAAUCAAUGUCACUAUAAUUUCUUUGCCAAGAUAUUGUGAGUUCCGUGUCACUAGGCAGCUCCCAGAUGAUGAUGUCAUUGAGUUUUGGAGUGAGGAUGGUUGUCCUCUUAUCAUGGAAACUAUACGUACAGUUGCCAAUAAAGUUAUUCAAUCUUUGCAGCAUGGCUUGCGUUCAGUGAAAAAUGAUUCUGAAAUAUAUGAUUUUGCUUUCCAUGCGCAUUGCCAAAGGAAUUCCGAUGCUGACUUUGGACAGGAAUGUCUUGCUAAACUUAACUAUGAUGAUUCCUAUCAAGGGAUUGACUUAGACAAAAAUAUUCCGGAUAAGGUUAUAUGCACAAAAUGUAAAACUGCUAUUCCACUAACUCCCGAAAUGAUGGUAUGGUUUGGUAAGGUUCCAAGCACUCCUCUAAGAAUUUGCGAGCAACCUGCUCGAAAAGGAAAUGACAUAAGUAUACGUGCUGAUGGAGUACGACCACUAACAUAUAAAUGGCUUAUAGGUGGGAUAAAGCUCUGUGAUGGUGACGACCACGACUAUGACGGCUAUACAACAGACAGUCUUAUCAUUAAAGAUAGCGAUUUACUGUCGGAAGGUCUUUUCAAAUGCCAAGUAAAAGACAGAUUUGGCAUCUGUGUUGAAUCUGAUGAGCUUGAUCUCUUUGAAGAUCAGCUCAGAAGAACUUGGAAAUUAAAAAAAUCAGAAAUCAAAAAAUUAAAGAAAAAAGGAUUUGCAAGUAUCAGAGAACUGAAACGUCUCCAGCUUAACACGCUGGACUUUAACGAGGGUGAGAAGGAAAGGAUGAGACCACUCCUUGCUUCUCUUCAGACAAACAAAUCUGACAGUUCUUCAGCUUCAGGUAAAUUAUCUGCUGGAACAAGUAAAGAGUCAAAAUGUAAUAGUACCGAAUUCAUUGUGAAGACGCCAUCAUUAGACGAAGGGUCCCUGUCAUCAGAAAGGCUCCAAUACUCAGCAGAUCCAGUCCAAAGAGUAGAAACUACAAUAUCAUCAUCAGCUGGUGGGGACAGUCAAGUCCGUACUAGAAGAGGACCACCCUCUAAUCGAGUCGCUCUCCAAGAACUAAUGAGGCGAUACAAACUGACUGACGAGCAACUCAAUAGUGAAAUAAGGAACUCCGAUUGUUCAUACCUGGCAAUAUAUUUCGAUGAUGUGGAAAUUUAUUCAAAUGUCAUGGAGCUAGCUUCUGCUGAACAAGCUGACGUGAAGAGGUUAUGCCAUAGCGAAGGAACUCGAGCAGCCAUGGUGAAGUGUUUGAAAAUCUGGAAAGAACAUAAUUCUUCUCAAGCAACUUACAGAGCUCUACUGGAUAUUGCACUGAGUUUGGGGAAAGGAGACACAGCUGAUAAAAUCUGUCGGCAAUUGACCCAAUAUCGUACACUGGACAUGAAGUGAUUACACAUGCAGUGUGUUGGAUUGUACAAAUACUCUAGAAAUUGCAUGUGACGUGUAUUUAUAGUUGAAAAUAGUUGAAAUAGUUGUUCAUUUUUAGAAGUUUAAUUAUUCUUAUGGCACAAAGGUGUUGGACUAGCUGUGUAGCUAUAAUUAUAUUAAUUUUAUGUGUAUUAGUA